GCAACGGGCCAAGCUGCUAAAGCAGCCAGGACAGUGGUCAUCAGUGGGGUUCCAGAUGGCCUUCUGCAGGAUGAGGUGAUGACUGACCUCCUGGUGAUUCACUUCCAGAUGGCAAAGAACAACGGGGGAGACGUGGCAGAAGUGAUGUACCCAACAAGGCAGAAGGGAGUGGCCUACCUCACUUUUGAAGAUCCAGAAGUUGUAGAGAGUGUCCUGAAGAAGGAUGAACAUCAACUGGAAGACAAGAGGCUGUCCAGAUGCUACCCCCUGAGAGUAACCCCUUACUGUGAGAACGUCUUCAGCUCCGUCACCUCUGUCCUCAACAUGUCUGUUUUCCAAGAUCAGUUUGUUUUAGAAGACCUGGUGCAGGAAAUCAAACAGAAGAGCACAGCUUUGACCUUUGGGCCUUUGCAACCCAACGGGCAUCUUGCAGUUCAAGGCUCCUUUCCAGCCAUCCAGCUGCUAAGAGACUUUCUCUUACUGAAAGCCAAAUCCCUCUCAGAGGAGGUCCACAGAGAGGAGAGCGAGUCCCACCAGAGAGCAAGGAGGAGGCUCCAGCCACACAGAGCCACCUCAGCAAGGAGUGAUGUUCAUGGUGGCCAGACAGAAGUGGUGGUUAUUGACACAGAUGUCUACCACUACCUGAAGUCCCUUUUCCCCAGGGCACUGCUGGGAGAUGGGGACGUUGUCAUCUCUGAGGUCACUGCUGGUGACACCACGGUGCUGUCUGUGGAGGCUGCUGGAGGGAGGGGGGAUGCUGGACAGGUACUCAGAGUCAAGGAGAAGCUUGAAAAGCUGUGUGUCAAACUCCAUCAUGAGCUGUGUAAAGAGAGGAUCUGCUUGGAGAGGCACAGCAAGGAAGAGAAGGAGAGGUACCAAGGGGUGUGUGAGCAUCUGCAGCCUCACUACCCUUCCAUUUUGGUCCUUCCUUAUGAUACUCACAUGGAUGUUAUUGGAGAUUCCUCUGAGGUUUUUCAGUUUACAAAGAAAGUGAGGAAGAAGAUUCAGAGCCUGGGUCUGAGUGGGUAG